CUGUAUGGCUGCACGGGAGAGAGAGAAAGCACAGAGCACAGGAGAGUAGAAGAAGAGCAGGCAAUUGGACGGGGCUCUAAAGCUGGGGACAAGAAGAAGAGGACGAGGAGGAUAUACUUGUCUUUUAUACCUUCUCUGAAAGGCCACUUUUGUAGCUCUUCAGUCCCAGCUGAACUUCACCUGUUUGUGCUGUGUGUCUCAGCAUUUCACUCACUGCAUUUCAAGCAUUUUUGUCCACUUUUAAGGGAGAUAUCACCGGUGGUGGUUACUCAUUCUGAGGUGAAGGGAUAGGAUCUGUGCUGGUUUCUGCAGUGUCGUGGAACGCCGCAGGAUGCCUGCUGGGAGAAGCUGCAGCAGAGCCAGGGCAGGAGGCAGGAGGAUGGCGGCAGUGGCAGCGGCCCCAGGCCAGGAUCUUCAGCCUGGCCUCCGGAUGAUGCUUGCUUGGGGCAUCCUGGUGGUGCUGGCAGGACGGGGAGGUGCGGUGGCGUGCCCUGCUCCCUGCAGGUGCCUGGGGAACACGGUGGACUGCCACGGCCUGGGGAUCCACUCCGUACCCAAAAACAUCCCUAAAGGAACUGAGAGGCUUGAUCUGAAUGGAAACAACCUGACAGUCGUCACCAAGACAGACUUCUCUGGCCUCAAACACCUCAGAGUCCUGCAUCUGAUGGAGAACCAGAUCAGUAACGUUGAGAGAGGAGCUUUUGAUGAGCUGAAAGAGCUGGAAAGACUUCGCCUCAACAGGAACCGCCUCAGCCAGCUUCCAGAGCUGCUGUUUCAGAAGAAUGAAGCCCUGUCUCGGCUGGACCUGAGUGAAAAUGCCAUUCAGGUCGUCCCACGGAGAGUGUUCAGAGGGGCCACGGAGCUGAAAAACCUUCAGCUGGAUAAGAACCACAUCAGCUGUAUCGAAGAGGGCGCGUUCAGAGCUCUGCGAUCUCUGGAAGUACUCACUCUCAACAACAACAACAUCAGCACUAUUCCAGUUUCUAGUUUCAACCACAUGCCGAAGCUCCGCACCUUUCGUCUCCACUCGAACUCCCUGCGCUGUGACUGUCACCUGGCCUGGCUGUCCCCGUGGCUGCGACAGCGCCCGGCAUUAGGCCUCUACACUCAGUGCAGCUCUCCUCCCACCCUGAGGGGCCUCAAUCUCGCAGAGCUGCGUAAGAGCGACUUUGCCUGCUCAGGCCACAGUGGCAGCGCGUUUGUUCAGCCGUGCAGCCUGGCGUCCGGCUCCUGUCCUCCCAUGUGCUCCUGCAGCAACAACAUAGUGGACUGUCGAGGGAGGGGCCUCACCGCCAUCCCCGCCCACCUGCCUGAGGCCAUGACCGAGAUCCGAUUGGAGCAGAACGGCAUCAAGUCGGUUCCUCCAGGCGCCUUCACCUCCUACAAGAAGCUUCGACGAAUAGACCUGAGCAACAACCAGAUAUCCGAGAUCGCUCCAGAUGCUUUCCUCGGCCUCAGGGCUCUCAACUCGCUCGUUCUGUAUGGUAAUAAGAUCACGGAGCUGCCCAGCGGUGUGUUUGAUGGCCUGGCCUCUCUGGAGCUGCUGUUGCUGAAUGCAAAUAAGAUCCACUGUAUCAGAGCCACGGUGUUCAAGGAUCUGGAGAACCUGGCUCUGCUGUCACUGUACGACAACAGGAUCCAGAGUCUGGCCAAAGGCACUUUCAGCUCCCUGCACAGCAUCCAGACCCUCCACCUGGCCCAGAACCCCUUCGUGUGUGACUGUAAUGUGAAGUGGCUGGCCGAGUUCCUGCGGUCAAAUCCCAUAGAGACCAGCGGCGCACGCUGUGCCAGCCCUCGUCGCCUCGCCAACAAACGCAUCGCGCAGAUCAAGAGCAAUAAGUUCCGCUGCUCCGCCAAAGAGCAGUACCACAUCCCAGGUACUGCAGACAAACGUCUGAGCCACGAGUGCAACAGUAAGCCGGUGUGUCCCGCUAAGUGUCGUUGUGAGGCUAACGUGGUCGACUGCUCCAACCUUCGCCUCACCAAGUUCCCUGAACACCUGCCCUCCUCCACUGAAGAGCUGCGCCUCAACAACAACGACCUGUCUGUGCUGGAGGCCACCGGAGCCUUUAAGGGCCUGUCUCAGCUCAAGAAAAUUAACCUGAGCAAUAACAAGAUCUCAGAAAUUGAGGACGGGGCGUUUGAAGGUGCCUCCUCGGUGGUGGAGCUUCACCUGACGGCCAAUCACCUGGAGUCUGUCCAAGGGAGCAUGUUCAAAGGCAUGGAGGGACUCCGCAUGCUGAUGCUGAGGAACAACAGGAUCAGCUGUAUUAACGGCAGCUUCACGGGUUUGACCAGCGUCAGGCUGCUGUCCCUCUACGACAACCAGCUGAGCACCAUCCUGCCUGGAGCCUUCGACACUCUGCCCAACCUGUCCACACUGAACCUCCUGGCCAAUCCGUUUAACUGUGACUGCCGUCUGUCUUGGUUUGGGGCUUGGCUUCGGAGCCGACGAAUCGUGACGGGAAAUCCUCGUUGCCAGGCCCCCGGCUUCCUCAGAGAGAUCCCACUACAGGACGUAGCUGCUCCUGACUUCCGCUGCGAGGACGCCUCUGUGUUGGAGGACAGCAGCUGUGCUCCAGGGCCUCAGUGUCCCAACCAGUGCUCAUGUAUGGACACGGUGGUCCGGUGCAGCAACAAACACCUCCAGGCCCUGCCCAGGGGACUCCCCCGCAACGUGACUGAACUGUAUCUUGAUGGAAACCAGUUCACCAGUGUUCCCAAAGAGCUGGCCACCUUCAAAUACCUGCAGCUUGUAGAUCUGAGCAACAAUAAAAUCAGCUCCCUGUCCGACGACUCCUUCUCCAACAUGAGCCAGCUCACCACCCUGAUCCUCAGUUACAACUCAUUACACUGCAUCCCUCCUCUUGCACUGGGCGGCCUGCGCUCUCUGAGACUGCUCUCUCUCCAUGGCAACGACAUCUCCGAGCUGCAGCAGGGCAUCUUCAGCGACGUGGUCUCCCUGUCUCACCUAGCGAUCGGAGCCAACCCCCUGUACUGCGACUGCCGUCUUCUCUGGCUGUCUGACUGGGUAAAGAGCGGCUAUAAGGAGCCCGGUAUCGCCCGCUGUGCCGGCCCUCAUGGCAUGGAGGGCAAGCUGCUGCUCACCACACCCGCUGACAAGUUCCAGUGUCUGGGUCCUGUGGAGGCGUCUGUUCAGGCCAAAUGCAGCCCAUGUGUGUCCUCCCCCUGCCAGAACCAGGGCGUCUGCCAGCUCCACCACACACAGCUGUACACCUGCGCCUGCAAGGCCGGCUUCACGGGUCAAAACUGUGAGACUCCAGUCGAUGCCUGUGUCAGCAAUCCCUGCACCAAUGGAGGAACGUGCCUGAGUGACGAGCAGACCAGAGGGUUCAGCUGUGCGUGUGCAUUUGGUUUUCACGGUACGUUCUGUGAGGUGAACAUGGACGACUGUCAGGACCACGGAUGUGAGAGUGGCGCCACCUGUGUCGAUGGAGUUGGCAACUACACCUGCCUGUGUCCUCCAAACUACACAGGUCUGUUUUGUGAGGAAGAGGAGGGUGUGUGUUCUCCAGGCAGAAACCCCUGUCAGCAUCAGUCCACCUGCAUCAGCACUCCUACUGGCCCCAGGUGUGUGUGUAUCCCAGGCUGGGUGGGGCCAGAAUGCAGCAUCGAUUACAAUGAGUGUGUGGAUCAUCGCUGUCAGAACGGAGCUCAGUGUGUCGACCAUCUGGACGGCUACAGCUGCGUCUGCCCGCAGGGAUACAGUGGUGAGUUUUGUGAGGUGGUGCUUCCUCCCCCUUCGCCUUGCCAGCUGGCUCGGUGUCAGAACGGCGCUCCCUGUGAGGACACGAGUGGGAGCGCGGUGUGCCAGUGUCUGCCAGGCUUUGAGGGUCCGAGCUGUGAGAAGCUGGUCAGUGUCAACUUUGUCGACAGAGAUUCUUACGUUCAGCUUCAAGAUGUGAAGAACUGGCCUCAAGCCAACAUCACACUGCAGGUGUCAACAGCAGAGGACAACGGUGUCUUGCUCUACAAUGGAGACAACGAGCCAAUCGCUGUGGAGCUCCAUCAGGGUCAUGUCAGGGUCACCUAUGACCCUGGGAACCAGCCAGCCACCGCUAUCUACAGCCCUGAGACGGUAAAUGAUGGGCGUUUCCACACGGUGGAACUUGUGACCUUUAAUCAGAUGGUUAACUUGUCAGUGGAUGGAGGUGAGCCCACGACCCUGGACACAGGGUGGAGCCAGCCAGGAAUAAGGGAGGCUCCUCUGUAUGUGGGAGGUAUGCCUGAAGAGGUGAUGCCUGCUACUCAGGGCCUCUCCUCUCAGAUCUUCAAUAUGUCCAGUUUCCAUGGCUGCAUCAGGAACCUCUACAUCAACCAUGAGCUGCAGGACUUCACCCGAAGCCACAUGAAGCCAGGGGUGCUGCCGGGCUGUCAGGCCUGCCGCAAGUUCUACUGCCUGCACGGCAUCUGCCAACCCAGUGCUGCGCAGGGUCCCCAGUGUCACUGUCACUCAGGCUGGAUGGGAGAGCACUGUGACCAGCCCAUAACAGGGGGCCUUACUGGAGUGGAUGUUGUCACCAUGGCAACUGGUGUCAACCCAUGUGAUGGCAACAAGUGUGUGAAGGGUGUGUGCAUGGCGCUGGAUGCACAGACGUACCGCUGCGACUGCCAGGACGGAUACCGCGGUGCACUGUGUAACCUGCAGGGGGAGCCUGCAGCUUUGUGUCAGGGCCUGCAUUGUGUGCAUGGCCAGUGUCAGCAGACAGAGGAAGGAGAACACUGUGUCUGUGAGCAGGGAUACACCGGGCAGAGCUGUGAUAUAGAGUCCCCGUGUCGAGGCGAGCCUGUCGGCCGCGCAGGACCCGAGCCAGGCGGCGCUGCCGCCUCCUGCUGUGCUCCUCUGAGGGUCCGGCGCCGGCGGCUCAGCUUCGAAUGCAACAAUGGGACCUCAUUUAUGCAGGACGUGGAGAAGCCUGUGGAAUGUGGCUGCAAGGAGUGUGUGUAGUAGUGUGGAUGAAUUGGUGUGCAGAUACACACACACAGGCACAACACACACCAAGCUAAAGAGGUACACACACUGUAGGGACUCUGUCACUGAUAAAGGACAUUUUUUUGUUGUUUGUUUUGACGUGCUUUUGCGCCCAGGUGUAAUUUUGUAACAUAAAACAGUUCUUCCCUCUCCAGACAUGAAACCAACGAGUCAACCUCAUCGUCAUCUUCCUCUUCUUCGCCUGCUGCAGGAGAACCUGCACACUAACUACCUAAGUCCAGCUCAUUAUUCAUGCUCACGUGUCAACAAGCCUCCAUAUGCCUCCUCAUGUGUUUAUGAUGUUUGGCUGUUUCAGUGCCGCUCUUCAUUCGUUCAGUCGCGUCGGUGAGCAGUGACCUGUGGCAGGAAAUAAAGAUCCUAAUUUAAGUCAUUUAUAAAUUAUAAGGUUUCACAGUCAAAUAUGAUGAAUUAGAAGUCGCUCGGGUUUUCUCAGCAAGAUCUUCAGACUUGAUGUGCAGGCAUUUGUCAGCAGCAGCACUGAGAUCUGUCAGUGUGAUGACGGAGGGGCCUCCUUAUGAGCUGAGGCUACAUUUUAAAGUGUUGCUUGUUUCAGACAUGUCUGCUCCUUCAUGUCUCUACUACACUGGUGAGGCCCUAAACACCAUUUUUUAUUCUAUACGUUGUGGCUGAAGCUGUUCAGCAGUGACCAGAGUCAGGUUUACACAUUUCAACAGCAGACGUUAUGUACUGAUCUCUCAAUAACCAGGAAGGUGAAAUCCUCAAACUGUCAUCAGCCUCGCAGAAUUUUGUAGAACGAGCAUGAUGUCUGAAACACAGAAUGUGCUGUGGAGGCGAAACAAUGUGUCUUACAACAGAUGCACAGCACAGGGACUGUAGAUAAAGUAACUGCAAGUUAAAUAUGAUAUCACGGACAAGUACAGAAAUGUGAAUUCAGUAACUAGUAGCAGACUAUUGUAAGGAGCGCUCUUCACUUUGAACAUCAGUCAUGUUGAUCAGGAUCAUUUCUUCAUCUGAGUUGACUUAUUACUUACAAAGGAACUGGUUUCCUCCAUAAUGUGGCAUAAAUUUGACAAUGUUUUGUAAAUUCAGUGUAGACAGAAAUUUCACAAAGGUUGUGGCUUUUGGGUUUUGUUCGCUUAAGAUUAACAAACAGGUUGAAACAGAAACCUUUGCUGAUGGUAGACAUGUUUAAAUUGUAAAAUAAACCCAGGUCACUGAGUUUAAGGUGGAAUCUGAGCUCAAAGAAACAGUCACUCACCAUCUUAACAUGAUUUAAAUGAUUGUAUUCAUUCCUCUUCCAAACUGACUUCACACAUAUUUUAAUACCAGGAAACAACUAAAUCUGAUGAUAUUCAAUGUUUGCUGACAUCAUUUAUUGUCAAAUCGCCACAUAAGUUGUGUUUUGUUUGGUUGGUUAAAUGAAUCUUUCCAUUUCAAUUCAAUCAUGACUGGAAAUGUGUUUUAAAUGUAUGGAAUCAAUAAGAAAACCUGUGUUGAUUGGCCACCGCCCAUCUGCUCAAUCCGCUUGCAUUUAAAUAGAAGAUACUCAGUGCAUUAAAGUUUAGAGAAAGGUCAGGCUGCUGUGUGCAGACUGUCUCUAGUUGGGCCCCUGAUGAUACAUCACUAAGUCACGCCCCCAACUUUACGCCACUCAAGUUAGAGGGCGAGCCGUCGCACCAAAAACACCGCCAAAAACAGGAGAAGGAAGAAUAGGUUAGCUACUGUUAUCUUAGCCUGCUAGUGUGUGAGUGAGAGAAAGUAACUACACAUGAUAAUGCACACAUAGUACACGUUGUAAAGCAGAGGGUUUUUGUUUAGGAUGAAUGUUACUACUUAUAGCCAUAAUAUUACUGUCUGCACACCUAAAAAAAACCCAUAUAUAGUGUACCCUGGAGUUAGACUUUAUCUCAGAUGACCCUUUGUGACGGGGAGCUGAAGCCGUCACGUUGCUCUUUUUAAAGACACCAGACUCCAUUGACAGCAGUAAUUUUACCUCAGAACACAGGAGUUGCUGGUCUGCUGCUGCUGUUUUGUUUAAUGAGUCUGAUGGCUUUGAAGAGAGCAUAGAUUGAUAUAUUAGCUUUAGUUCUUUGUCCGACAGGAAGGUAAUGCAGUGAAAAUAUAAUAUAUUAAGAUAGGAGUGUUCUAAAUGUAGUGUGCACUUAUGCAUCUGUAGCUUCACCACUGCUAAAUGACUGGCAUGCUAAACCUGUUGUAUGUUCCAUUGUGCUUAAAAAAAGCUUUAAAAAAAUAGAAAUAGCAAUAUCAUGGGCCACCAUAGGGGUGUAACAUGAGUGACAUAACUUCAGGGACCUAACUUGAGGCAGACUGUUGAAGGUUUAUGAUACAAGACUGGAAUAUUGUGCACCACACUAGCAGGAUGCCCGAGUGUCUGUAGAGUAAAUCAGAUUCAUCCUGACUAACCUGCGAUAUUUUCACCAUGUCAGCCCCCCAGUGAGGUUUACAAGAAGCAUUUCAUUAAUAUGCCUGGCGACAGAACAAGUCCACUGAGAUCUAUCAGGUCUCUUCAUACUAACAAUCAGCACAAACCAGUGUGUGUGAGCAAACAUCUGCCGACGUCCGUUAACAGUUUGUUUAACGUUCAUGAAUGAGACAUGACGUUGGCAGCGAGCUGUCACGCUUGUUCCACUUCCUCCAAGACGACAUCAAUACGGCCUUCGGGGUCAAAGGUCACGGGGUUCACGGGGACACCAGAGGGGUUGUGAAACGUUUCCAUCGCUGCUCGCCAGACGCCCUUUCACCCGGUUUAGACUAGUAUGCGGGUAGGAGUGUGCGUGUCUGUUAUUGUUCUUCCAUCUUUGUGAGGACCAGUUUUUAUAGAGAGGAUUUUGUCCGGUCUUCACUUCUUCAGAGGGCAGCUCGAGGGUUAAGUUCAGGAUCAGGUUAAAGUGUUGGGGAUUAAAGCUAAAUGCUUUGUCUGUGCUGGUCAAAGCUGUAGCACAGACUGGUGAUGAAGGUAAAGCAUGAAAAGUUGACAUCUGCUUAGAGUAUCAGUGUUUUUUUUGCUUAUUGUUUAAUCUGAAAAUUCCUGAUUUAAAUAAUAAUUUUGCAAGUUUAAGGCUAUUUUGUUUAGUCAAGAGGUUAAAAGUUAAUGUAAGAGGCAAUAACAGUGCCUUUGCAAGUGUUUGCUCCUUAAUCACAAGUCCUGUAUAUUUAACCAUUGCAUGCUAUUUAGUUUUAGAGUUUUGUUUCUACAAGAAUUUGUCCAGGUUUCCAUUACUUUGCAUUUGUUUCUGUACAGUGUGAGAACCCUGAGGCAGUCAAGUGAAAUCUGUGAACAUCAAGUUGACAGAAUGUUUAAUCAGUUUAAACCAGACUGAUUAGUACAGAAGAGGAUUAGGACCACUGUACAAAAUAUAUUUGAGUUUGUCUGAAUUCUAGCUCGGUCUUAUUAAUUUAAUGAUCCAGUCAUUCAUCUGUUACUUGUUGUCUGUAAUUCACUGACUGCUGCCUCAUCACUAAAUUCUUUCCCAAGUAGGUUUACACAUUAUAAAGUGUUACAUCGAUAUAUCUAUCGAGGCAUUGUUUAUAAGUUCCUGAGCAUAAAAAAAGAAAUGCAUCCAUUCAUUUCUGAGAACAGGAAACCAGCAAAUGUUUGGCAUUUUUGCUUGAAAACUAUUAUUUAAUUUCAAUUGGCUAAAAUCUUUGCAGCUGUAAUUGCAUAGCAGCAAGUUUGGCUUGAUGACUAGUUGUUCACUGUAAUUGAUUUUCAUGUUGUAUGGAAAACAGCGCAAACUGGUUGCAAUAUGGUGCUAGUAAAUGGGCUAGACCGUGCAAAACCACUGGAAUGCUUUGACUUUUGAGAAAUCUGGCUUUUCCCCCCAAAUAAAUAAGGGUUUGUAGGAAAGCAUGUUGGCAUUCCUUAUUAUAAGGUAUAUUUUUAUCAGUACAGGCAGUUGUAUUUGAAACAAUACACAGCUCUAGGAAAGGGCUAGGGCUGGGUCACUGUCAACAGAACUCAUUAUAGGAAUGAGGGUCCUCCAACGUAUAGAAGUACAAAAAUGUGUGUGUAUUCGUCCCUGAUGAGCUUCAUUAUAUACAGUGUGUUCAGAUCAAACGCUUCCUCUCCCAUUUGCCACAAGAGCCAGUGAACGCAUCGCACAGAAAACGUAGCUUUUAUACAUGAUGACGUUAUUUAUAUGGACAUGAAACAAAAAUACAAGGUGUGUGAAGUUGUUUUAACUUGUUUUUUAGCCGUUGAGUUAAAUUUUCCACAAAAGCUGAGCUGUCUCAUGAAACAGAAUGAAACUAACGUAGCUUUGAUUGUUAUAACUGCACAGUACACGCAGUAGCAGCCUAACAGAUUGUAAUAUAUAUUAUAAACCUAUAAUGCAUUGAUUUUGUCAUAGUAUUUUUAUAUGUUGAAGAGGAUGUUGUCUCUGUAUCAUCUGUAGACUGUAGAGAAGUGUUUGUUUUCAGUUGCCAAAAAACGACCUCACGCCAUUCAUGGGAAUUUUACAAAAAAGAAAAAUAAACAGAUAAUGUUUGGUUGGUUUCGUCUCGCCUGAGUGGAGACGACAA